AUGUCGCUUGCCUUGGCAGUGCCCACCCCGUUUGGCUGUAUUGGCUGUCAACUGCCUGAUCCAAAGUACCCACCGGCUGUCACAAUCUUUAUGUUUUGUGUGAUAGUUAUCACCAUCGUGGUCGACUUAAUCGGCAACUUCAUGGUCAUCUGGGCCGUGUCCUGGAACAAGAAGCUGCGAAAUUCUGCCAACAUCUUCGUGGUUAGCCUCUCUGUGGCUGAUAUGCUCGUGGCUAUCUACCCUUACCCUCUGAUGCUACACGCCAUGACCGUAGGAGGCUGGAAUCUGAGUGAGUUCCAGUGCCAGAUGAUGGGAUUCAUCACUGGCCUGAGCGUUGUAGGUUCCGUCUUCAACAUCAUGGCGAUCGCCAUCAAUCGCUACUGCUACAUCUGCCACAGCCUGCAGUAUGAACGAAUCUUCAGUAUGCGCAACACCAUCAUCUUCCUCAUCAUCACCUGGGUCCUGACCGUCCUGGCCAUCCUGCCCAACGUGUACAUCGGCACUCUCCAGUAUGACCCUCGCACUUACAGCUGCGUCUACAACUACGUGCAAAAUCCGGUCUUUGCACUGGUCAUCGUUGGCAUCCACUUUGUCCUCCCUCUGUCCAUCGUGGGUUUCUGCUACACGAAGAUCUGGGCUAAAGUGAAGGAGGCCCGUGAAGACCCAAGACAGAAUCCUGACCACCAGUUUGCUGAGGUUCGCAAUUUUCUAACCAUGUUUGUGAUUUUCCUCCUCUUUGCAGUGUGCUGGGGUCCGGUCAAUGUGCUCACUGUCUUCGUGGCUCUGGUUCCGAAGGAGACGGCGAGCCAGAUCCCCCACUGGCUUUAUCUUACAGCUUAUCUUCUAGCCUACUUCAACAGCUGCCUCAAUGCUGUCAUCUACGGUAUCCUCAAUGAGAAUUUUCGAAGAGAGUAUUGGACCAUCUUCCAUGUCAUGCGCCACCCACUCCAGUUCUUCUCUGGCCUCAUCACUGAUGUCCGUGAGACGAGGGAGUCCCGUGCACUCGCUCGUGCCCGUGUCCGUGCCCAUCACCAGGCCCGUCUUCAAGCCCGUCGCCUUGCCCGUGAACAAGAGCGCAGACCUGUGUGUCCUCCUGUGGAAGAAAUACCAAUGAGUGUUCGGAAUGUGCCCCUGCCCGGUGACAGUUCAGCUGGCCAGCCCAAGUGUCCCAUUGUCCUCCCUGAGCCAAUCUUGCCCCCAUCCCAGCCUCUCUCUGUCCUCCGUAAAUCUGCCUCUGACCAUGUUAAGUCUGCUGUCAUUCACCCUACAUCUGCCUCUUUUCACCCUAAACCUACCACUGUUUAUCCCAAGGCUUCACCUGUCCACUUUAAGGCUGCCUCCGUCCAAUUCAGGGGUGACUCUGCACAUUUUCAGUCUGCUUCUAGCUACCCCAAGGUGGUCACUGGCCACCACAUUCCUGCUGGCAGUCACUCCAAGAUGGCUUUCACUUCUGCCACCUCUGCCAUUGGCCGCAGGAAUACUGCUACCACAAUCCACAUUGAGCCUGCUCCCAGGCACAGUGAGCCCCUCACAGGCAGCUUUCCCAGCGCAACUGCCCUCGGCUACACUGUACCUUCCAUCACUGGCCGCUUUCCCCGUGUCAUCCCCGACCUCCCUGAGCCAGCUUGCAGCCCUGUCCUCAGAUCUCCCAAGCCUGCUGUGGCCUUUAGCAUCCCUACUGUGGUCAUUUCAUCUGUCAAUGACCCGGAGGGAGAGGGGACGGUGGUUCUUAACGCGGAAGAAGAGGAAGUAGCUGUGUGA